AUGGACGACCCAGAGCUGGAAGCGAUUCGACGCGCACGCAUGGCUGAACUGCGGGGCAGUGCAGGUGGGGCCGCUGGGAUGCGCGGCGGCCUCGGGGUGCCCAGUGGGCCUACCGGCGGCGUCGACGGUGCAGGAGGCUCGGAGGAGGAUAAGGCAGCGCAGCAGGAGGAGAUGAAGCGCCAGAUCCUUACUCAGGUCCUCGAUAGCGAGGCGCGCGAGCGAUUGUCCCGUAUUGCUCUGGUGAAGCCGCAAAAGUCCAAUGCCGUAACCGACAUCCUUAUUCAGAUGGCGCGCAGUGGCCAAAUUCGCCAGCGCAUUACGGAGGAGCAGUUGAUCUUAUUGCUAGACCAGAUGGAGCAGGCGAACCCUGCGAAAGAAGCAAGCGGGAAAAUUACAGUACAUAUCAAGGUGGGAUGCCAGAUCUUCACAUUGUUUUCGCUGUUUAACAAAAUCGCAGGUAUUUUCGGCAUCAUUGCGAUUUUCCAAGGCGGCUCUUUAGCGCAGCUUUCGCUGUACACCUACUCCAUUGCCUCGAUCCCUGUAUUUAUCUGGGGCUUGAGAGAGAUUAGUGAUGAGCGUGCCAACGCAGUCCUGCGAUAUGCACACGUGUUCAUCUUGGACCACCUGAUCUCUUCGGGGUGGACCUUGCUGUUUGCCCUUUGGUGGUUCAUCUAUGCGCCGCACGACGGCAAGCCUGUGACAAACUCGAGUCAUCAGGCGGGCUUGAUGGAUCUUAUAGAGUCGCUCGAGUCCGAGUACCGCACGGCGGAAGAGAUGACCAGGUUCCGUCACAAGGAAUACAAUAUGAGUACCCCCGAGGGCCAGCAACAUGCGGCACUGCGCACGCAAAAUGCGCAUGAAAUUUGGGCUACAGAGAGGGGAUUCGCUGCCGUUGUGCUUGUCAUUGGGUGGCUCCUAAAAAUCUACUUUGCCUUGGUAUUGUAUUCGUAUGCACUGCAUUUGCGGCACGGGACCUACUGGAUCCUUCCCUUGUCUAAGUCGCGCACGGCGAAUGCUGCUCACGCGUCCUACGAGACGGUAGCGCAUGAGGACGCUGAAGUGAUGCUCGACGAAGGAGUGGAUGCUGACGAGCUGCAAGAGGAGGGGUCAAUGCGCAUGUCCGAGAUUCGAGACGCGCACUAG